UUUUCACAGACUGGGCUUGUCUUACAAUCAGACAGUCACUACAUAUAUAGUAAAAAGUCUGGCUGCAAGACCAGAUUUGGAAUUUAUGGAGACAGAUGUCCUAUGUAAGCAUCCUGUUUAAAAUUGUUCUACAUUUUCUGACUUCAUCAACAGCAACAAAAGUGAAUAAUAGCUGUAAAUAGCAGGAAGUAAGAAUUAUAAUAAUAAAGAAGUUAAUAACAUCUUCAUUUAACUGUUUUUCAACCUCCUUUAAAACAUACUUUGAGGAACUUCCCUACAGCCAAUCCGGCAUAGCAGAUCAGCCAUGAAGUCUUCUGCCUUUGGACAGAUAGAUGGAGGAUCUGGAGGGUGGUGGUAAGCAGGUGGAGCUCCAGAACUGCAAAACAGAGGAAAUAAUUGGUUAACAUGAGCCGGGUUUCAGAAGAUACACACAACAAGGAUCAGAUUACUAACAAAGGUGGUUCGACAGUCCGGCAAAGUGUAGUGGUUGGCGUCUGGUUAUACACUGAGGUGAGCAGUGACGGCGAAGGCGUUUCAGAUGUCUACUGCACAACCUUCACAUGCAAUAAACAUUUCUAUGCAAAGGCUAUGAGGAACAAUGAUGGAGACAUUCACAAGUUUGAAUCUAAAGCACAUUUCAGCCUGUUAAAGAGAUUUCAUUCUGUCAUUCAAAGAAGUGAUCAUAAUGUGCCUCAUAGCUUUAGAUAGUCACAGUACUAAGAUUGGACUGUACUUUAAGUGACGCAAUGCAUAAAAUUACUAAUAAAAUAAAAAAUCUAACCUAACAGUAGCAAAUGAGUAACAGUCUAAUUUAUUUAUGAUUUUCUAAACAGUGAACAUUUUAGGUGCGAUGUUAAUCCAAUGACCACUUCAUCAAUGGUAAAAGAUAUCAUGGCAAUUAAUAAUGUUGCAUGUGUUAUUGUACAUCUGGUGCACAAAUGUGUCCACCUUUCGUCUCUGAUCUGUAGUUUCUGGCUUCACCAACCUCCAAAAUGUUCAUUGUUCACUUUGUGCUGUUUGUCUUAUUCUCCAUCUGCUAUCCCCACUGCAAUCUCUCCUGCUAUCCUGCCAACACCCUAUCCCUCCCUAGGUUUGCAUUACUCCUGUUCUGCUUUAAUCUCAGCUUAUUUUCCCCUUCUGAAUUAGUUUGUGUUUACUUUUCUUGUUAAACAAACCUUUGUUUGAGUAACCUGCUUAUCUCUGCCUGCUCCUGUGUCUGCACCUGGGUUCAAACAUCAGCCAUGACACCUUCUUACAAAUUUUACUCUAAACUCUAAAUCUCUAAAUUAACACUAUAUACAUAAAAAUGUAGACAUUUUUUGUCUUCUUUCACCCAAUGUGAGUCUCAUUGCUGUAAGCCUUCUGUUUUUUUGUAAAUCAUGUAAGAGCACAAUUGCACAGAGUGUGAUGACCAAAACUCUUAUUUACUCCAAUUAUAUCAGAGUCCCAAAAUUUCAUGUGAAAAUCAGAAAUUGUGAUUCUGCCAAACCUGUCACCAAAUCUAUAUCAUUUACAGUACAUACAUGAAAAUACAUCUGCUUAUUCAAAAGGGACUGUGCUUCACAUGGUGAAAGUUUUUUUUUUUACUUACAGUUUUUGAGCUGUGACCGUUUGAGGACUAAUCCUUAGUCUGGCUGCCUGCUCCUCUCUUUGCACCUAAAUUCUAUGUUUUCUUAACCCUCCCCCUCCAUCAAUGAAAAGAAGUUACCAUAGCACGCAGAAACUGACAGGUGAUUGGCGAACUAAUACUGUACUAAGAAGAUGGAGUCCAAACAUGGCUGCCUUCAUCAGCAACCUAUAAUGUUAAUGUGUGCUCUAUCAACAGGGCAUAUCUAACAGCAGCUUCAAGGCAAAUCAGCACAGCUGUUACUAAGAGUAUCAACAAAACCUUGAAACAUGUUCUAACAUGUCCCAGACCAAUAUCCAUUAGUCACAGAGUGUUUAGUGGCUCUGUUGUGUUAAACUUGGGUUAAGACAUAUCAACUGGCAGAAUCUGCAUUUACACACUCAAUCUUUCUUCAGAAUUUUUUUCAUUCAGAUUGCUAUUGUUCUGUAAACCCGUGAUAGAUCUGCAGUGGUGGAACUGUCUGAUGCUACAAACACAAAACCAGACAAGAGCUGAGAAUGAGAAGAACCUAUUAACUCAACAAAGGCUUAUUGAGUGAAGCCUGGACAAUGAGACAGGACACAAGAAAAAUCUGGCAAGCCAAAGACCAUAAAGUGAGUUCAAUCAGCAGCAAAAGUGACGACAUGGGAAAAUAUCCUGUAACAGUGUAACCUGAGAACCAAGCUCUUUACCAAAAACAAUAACUUGGAGAACCCCUGACAAUGAAAUGAGAGUGGAAGAAUGUGUCAGAGCAUGGUACAGCCUGGGAGGAAGCCUGAAACUACUGAAACAUGAAACUACUGAGCUCUCUAAAACUUUGACAAUUCCUUUUGGUUAACACAUCUUUUAAGGGUGUCUCAUAUUACCCCCCACAGCUAUAUCUAUAGAAUCUGACCAGCAGGAACAUACAGCAACUGGUCACUAUAGGUUAUUUUGCAUGCUAAAGUGCAUUUAUAUGUAAUGUAAACCCAUUUUCUUUCUCACAUCCUAAACUACAGUUUACCCUAACCAUGUACAACCUAGUUGUGCGACAUUGCCAUGUCUAUUAAGCAAAACUGAAUAUGAGAGAAUAUUAUUUGAGAGUCCACGGCUCUCAGUAUCUUUUUUCAUGCUUAAUGUCUGUCGCCCUGUAUCUGUGGAUGUGAAAGUGAUGACAGCUCUGCAGGAGGAGUCAAGAGAGUAAGUCACAUGCGAGCACCCGCAAACACACACAUGCAGAGAGAAAGAGAAAAAAAAGAGAGACGACGGCAGACACGACUUUGACUUUGGAGACAGAUAUCGUGGGCAGAAUUGUAUAGAGGUUUUCAGGGAGAUGCUGUCCCCAGUGAUGAGAUGGAUCAGUAACCAGACUUGGAGCUCUAUAAUGUUCAGGUCUUUGAGGAGAUGGCUGUGCAGCAGGCAUCAUUCUCUGUGCAUACUACUCAUCUUGCUUGUGGUCUGUAUUGCCAUUCAGACCUUUGUCACCCGCCAAACCAGGAAUGACAAGCUAACAGGACUUCCACAUUUGAGGUUCCCUGUCAAAUCAAGUCUGUAUCCCACUCUACAAAAUGUCUGGAUGGACACGCAUUCUGAGUCUUCUAUGGCAGCGAAGCCAGACAUGAGAUCACUACAGACGGAACAGGUUGCUGAUCUUCAUCAUCAAAACAAAGACUAUGGAAAACUGUCAGAUGACAACCUCUUGAGAAGUGUGGCUGAAGUCAUUAACAUUGCUACAGACUCUCAGAUGAAAGCAAGAAUAGCUUCACCUGGAAAAACGUUUCUACCAAAACAAGGAAGAAAGCCAAGUCUUGAGCAUCCAGGUUUUUCCUCCAAAAGAAUCGGGAAAGAUUUUAAUGCAGGCCCCAACAAAAGGAACGUCAAUGCUCCCACUAUAUCCAGUUUUUUAGAGGCUCAUGGAAACAGUGGUCCAACUAAAGCAAACUGCCAUCCACAGUCUCACAUUGUUUUCCUCAAGACACACAAAACAGCAAGCAGCACCAUCCUAAACAUCCUAUAUCGCUAUGGUGAAAGCAGGAACUUGACCUUUGCCCUUCCUCAAAACAAACACAGCCAGUUGUUUUAUCCAUUCUUCUUUGCAUCACAUUUUGUUGAAGGAGUCAGCACCAAAAGUGUGAGAGAAUUCCACAUCAUGUGCAACCACAUGAGAUUUAGAAAAUCUGAGGUGACAAAGGUGAUGCCUGAGGAUACCUUCUACUUUUCCAUUCUGAGGCAUCCUGUGGCUAUGAUGGAAUCCAUCUUUACUUACUUCAAGAGCAUUCCAGCCUUCCAUACAACACAUAGCCUGGAUGAGUUCCUAGACAACAGCUGGAGAAACUAUAACUCGUCAGUCCUCAACAAUCAUUAUGCUCACAAUAUCCUGGCUUUUGACUUCGGCUUUGAUAACAAUGUUGCAGCUGGUGCUGAAGACUUGGAAGAAAGAGCCACCAUGGCUAUUGCAACUAUAGAACGAGAUUUCCACCUUAUUCUUAUUUCUGAAUACUUUGACGAGUCCAUGAUCUUGCUAAAGCAUGUUCUCUGUUGGUCGCUGGAAGAUGUGGCUUCUUUCAGGCUCAACAGUCGCAGUGAAAAAACUCGCCACCUGCUUUUACCAAACACUGCAGAGAAAAUCAAAAGGUGGAAUGCCUUAGACUGGAGAAUUUACCUGCAUUUUAACACCACCUUCUGGCACAAAGUGGGUAGUGUGGUUGGGCAAGAAAAGCUGAAUAAGGAAAUAUCUCAGUUGAAAGAGCUACAAGCCAAGCUAGCUAACAUCUGCCUCAAAGAUGGGGGGGCAGUAGACCCAUCACAGGUAAAAGAUGUUGGGCUGAAGCCAUUCCAGUAUGGAGCAGCUAUCAUUCAAGGCUAUAACCUAAAUCCACACCUAGACAGACAAAUGAAAACAAAAUGUCAGAGACUUGUAACGCCAGAACUGCAAUACACAGACCACCUAUACACCCAGCAAUUCCCAGAGGCAACUGCUAAACACAGACAAGCAACUAAGAUAGUUGCUCCGCAGCAUCAUCGCUCAGACAGUACUGCCAUGAUAGGAAUGGUCCAAGAGAUAGAAGCAAAUCGCAGACAAACCAUAACAUGAAAAAAAUUCAAAUCUCAAAAAUGAAGCAACUUCCUCAAUGGUAACAAAUAUAGAAACUAAAUAAAUAUGCCUCAAAUGGCAGCUGUGACUCAUAUGGACAGGUUAUAUAUACCGAUCAGUCACAAUAUUAAAACCACUGACAUUUGAAGUGAAUAACUAAUUAUCUCAUUACAAUGGUUCUUGUGAAGGGGUGGGAUAUAAUAGGUAGCACGUGAACAGCCUGACCCAGUCCCACAGGAGAGCUACUGUAGCACAAAUUGCUGAAAACCCUAAUGCUAGCUAUGAUAGAAAGGUGCCAGAACAUACAGUGCAUCACAACUUAAGGCUGCAUAUCUGCAGAUCAGUCAGAAUACACAUGCCAACCCUAUAUAUUGCCCGAGGUACCUUUAUUGAAUAAGUGAAUGUCAGAACUGGACUAUGUAACAAUGGAAAAAAGGUGGUUUAAUCUGAUGAAUCACAUUUUCUUUUACAUUAUAUGGAAGGCCAGAUGUGUAUGUGCAUCUUAUCACUAGAGAAGAGUUGGUAGCAAUGGGAAGGAGGCAGUGUGGCCAGUCUGAGUGCAUUUGCUCCAAACAUCACAUUACCUCUGCCGCCGCCAGCUCUUUCACAUUGCAAAUGUUGUUUAGGAAGUGUUUAAGGAUGUGCUUGAGCAGUUCACUCAUCUUCCAAAUUCCUCAGAUCUCAAUCUGAUUAAGUAUGUGUGGGACUUAAAGGGUCUGCUGCUAAUGUCUUACUAAUGAUACCACUGGACAACUUCAGAGGCCUUCAGGUAUUAUUAUUACAUGGAAUUCAGGUCUCCACUUGUCAGACAUGUUUUGGUAGCACUAGGGGGACCUACGUAAUAUUAGGCAGGUGAUUUUAAUUAUGUGAUCAAUGCAUGUUAUAUAUUCAGACUGAGAGGUAUGAAAGUGAAUGUUUCGUUUCAUCUAUUUUUGAGAAUAAUGAAGAUUAAAGUUUAAAGCUGCGUGGCUCCAGGAUGCCGAUUAUGACCCACUAAAUGAUGUGUAAAGAUGGAGCAAACAACACACUGUUUUUGAUUAAUUUAUAGCGGUAAAAGUAGUGAAUCUAGAUAGAUAAAGAUUUUUAUGAAUGUGCUGCCAUUACAGUUGUGACAGUAAAUAACAGUUUUUUGGCAAUCAACCACCAUCUUAAUGGAGAAUCCUGACCUGUUUAACUGAUCUUUUUCACAUUAGCUGAUAUUUUCUGCCUGGGACAUUUUGUUUUUUAUUAAUGAGAUUAAUAUUGUUUCUGAUUACUUCAACCAAUAAAGUUUUCUUUAUGUUUGGUAACCUA